AUGCGGUACAUCCGCUUUCUCAAGACUCCCCGCAUCGUCGUAGAGAAGGGUACUUCAAGACGCCAAAUCCACUGUCUAAUCACAAUCACAUCUGACCUGGGCGACUCAUUCCUGCCAUACGAUGUCGAAUUAUCAGCAGAACUCCUUUCCAGCCAAAAUGAAGAACAGACCAUAGUAUGGAAAACAGUCCAAUGGACAAGCGGCAUGCGAAGCCUGGCCAUCACACUCCCCCUGCCAAAAUCCUCACCACCUUCACUGCGCGUGAAAGUAGGAACAGACGCCAAAUCCACACACGACGAAUACUCCGCCCUAUCCGGCGAACACACCCGCGGAAUAGUCUCAGCAUGGAGCGCGCCAUUCUCCCUCUCCACCCCCGCCAUGAAGUUAGCAGAGCGCCGCUUCACACUCCCUUCUAACCAGAAACUCCACAUCUGGGAAGAAACAGGGGAAAGCAUCGCCCGCCACAUAUGGGACGCCGGCAUAACACUCUCCUGCCACAUCUACGACAUCGCAUCCCUCCUCCCCCCACCACGCACCCCACCCCUCCACAUCCUCGAACUAGGCACCGGCUGCGGCACAGUCGGCAUCUCCCUCGCCCAACUCCUCCCAAACGCCCACAUCCUGCUCACCGACCUCCCCGAAGCCACCGACAUCGUCUCGCGCAACAUCCGCGCCGCCAAACCCGCGAACGGAUCUUCCCUCACCUUCGCAACCCUGGACUGGGACGCCGACUUACCGCGCUAUCUGCCCCCGUCUAUCGAUUUGGUGCUCGCGGCCGAUUGCACGUAUAACCCCGACAGCAGUCCGGCGCUUGUACGUACGCUGGGGAGGCUGGCGGAGGCUUCGACGCGCGUGGUGGUUGCGGUAGCGAUGAAGAUGCGGCAUUCUAGUGAGGAGGUGUUUUUUAAGCUUAUGGAACAGGCGGGGUUUGAGGAGGUGAGGGUGCUGGAGUAUAAGUUGCCGGGGGAUGUUGAGACGGGGGAGGAGGUGGUGUAUUUGCAUGUUUAUGGAUAUGGGGUGGGGAAAGGGCGGGAUGAUGUGGCUGCGUGA